ACUAUGAGCUAUCAAGCCAAGUUUUGUUAACGGAACGAACACACUUAGCGAUCUAUGUUGCUAGCUACUAACGAGUGCACAACCAACUUGAAGGACCUCGUCAGCAAGUCAGCGGGCUUGUGUUAGGAAGUGGACGUGUGUGUAAGCCGGUGGUGGCUGCAAGACCACAGGAAGACAACUGGAGUGGUUAGGCAUCUUGCUAGCUCGUUUCAAAACGUCUUCCAAUAAACUUGGAAAAGCUUGAGAAAAUAGUUACUGAGAAAAUAUGACAGUUUUAUCGCAUGGAAAUAUGGACAACUUUUUUUUAUUUGUUUAAGUUAGGAAGUUGUCAACCAAGACGUGUUUGAUCUUUUAUAUGCAGCCCAACGUGAACGUAAACUGGCCUUACCUAGCUGUGGCACAAGCGAUCCGGUUUUGGUAUAUUGUUCCCUAACGGCUAAACAGACGGACAGUCUGUCGAUCUGCGAGCACCAUGGCUGAAACCAACCUGAAUGACUCCAAUGUGAAGGUCGCAGUCCGAGUUCGACCAAUGAACAGAAGAGAAAAAGACCUGAACACAAAAUGUGUGGUGGAAAUGGAGGGAAACCAGACCGUGCUGCACCCUGCCAGUGGAAACCUGGGCAAAGGAGAUUCCAGGAAUCUACCUAAGGUUUUUGCCUAUGAUUACUGCUUCUGGUCAAUGGACGAGUCUGCAACAGACAAGUUUGCCGGUCAGGAUGUGGUCUUCCAGUGUCUUGGAGAGAGUCUUUUGCACAAUGCCUUUGAGGGCUACAAUGCCUGCAUCUUCGCUUAUGGUCAGACUGGCUCGGGUAAGUCAUUCACCAUGAUGGGCUCGGUGGACCAACCGGGCCUAAUCCCGCGCCUCUGCAGCUCGUUGUUUGAGCGCACGGUGCAGCACCAGAGGGAAGAGGAGAGUUUCACUGUGGAGGUGUCUUACAUGGAGAUCUACAACGAGAAGGUCCGUGAUCUGCUGGACCCCAAAGGGAGUCGGCAGUCUCUGAGAGUGAGAGAGCACAAGGUCCUGGGACCCUAUGUGGAUGGCUUGUCCCGCCUCGCCGUUGCCAGUUACAAGGACAUUGAGUCCCUGAUGUCAGAGGGAAACAAAUCACGCACUGUGGCUGCCACCAACAUGAACGAGGAGAGCAGCCGCUCACAUGCAGUCUUUAUCAUCAUCCUCACGCACACACUGCAGGACCUGCAGUCUGGGACGAGUGGGGAGAAGGUGAGCAAGCUGAGUCUGGUGGACCUGGCAGGGAGUGAGCGGGCAGCCAAGACGGGCGCGGCAGGCGAGAGACUGAAAGAGGGCAGCAACAUCAACAAGUCUCUCACCACUCUGGGGCUGGUGAUCUCAGCCCUGGCAGACCAAGGUGCAGGGAAGAACAAAAGCAAAUUUGUGCCCUACAGAGACUCUGUGCUCACCUGGCUGCUUAAGGACAGUCUUGGAGGGAACAGUCGCACAGCCAUGGUGGCAACAAUUAGCCCAGCGGCGGACAACUAUGAUGAGACCCUGUCCACCCUGCGGUAUGCUGACCGUGCCAAGUCCAUCGUCAACCACGCAGUGGUGAAUGAAGACCCUAAUGCCAGAAUCAUCCGUGAGCUCAGAGAAGAGGUGGAGAAACUCAGAGAUCAGCUGACCCAGGCGGAGUCCCUGAAGGCCCCAGAGCUGAAGGACAGGCUAGAGGAGUCUGAGAAACUGAUCCAGGAGAUGACCGUCACCUGGGAGGAGAAACUUCGGAAGACCGAGGACAUUGCUCAGGAGCGACAGAAGCAGCUUGAGAGUCUGGGGAUCUCCUUGCAGUCAUCUGGAAUCCGGGUCGGAGAGGACAAGUGCUUCCUGGUCAAUCUCAAUGCUGACCCCGCUCUCAAUGAGCUGCUGGUUUACUACUUAAAGGAGCACACGCUUGUUGGUGCGGCUGACUCCCAAGAUAUUCAGCUGUGUGGGAUGGGCAUCCAGCCCGAGCACUGUGUCAUUGACAUCUCUGCGGAGGGAGUCGUAGUCCUCAUCCCUCAUCGCAACUGCCGCACGUGUGUAAAUGGAUCUCCGGUCACCAGCCCAGUGCAGCUUCACCAUGGUGACCGCAUCUUCUGGGGCAACAACCACUUCUUCAGGAUCAAUCUGCCGAAGAGGCGCUCACGGGGUGGAGCCGAGGAAGAUGAGACGGGAGCUGGGGUCAUGAAGAGCAGCAACAGCAGUGAGCAGCUGGACGCGGACGGAGACACGGCGAGCGAGGUGUCCAGCGAGGUCAGCUUCAGCUACGAGUUCGCCCAGACCGAAGUCAUGAUGAAGGCCCUGGGAAACAAUGACCCCAUGCAGGCGGUGCUGCAGAGCCUGGAGCGGCAGCACGAGGAGGAGAAGCGCUCUGCACUGGAGCGUCAGCGGCUGAUGUACGAGCAGGAGCUGCAGCACCUGCGCAGGCGGCUCACCACAGACAAGCAGAGCGCACAGCCGUCUGCGCAGUACCAGCCGUCUGCACAGUACCGCAGCAUGGAGAGGCUAAGCCUGGGUGGAGCCUCCAUCUCCUCACCCAGUGGCCAGAACCGCCUGCGACAGUGGAGCGAGGAGAGAGAGGCAGUGCUGACGAGGAGCCUGCGGAAGCUGAGGGAGCAGAUCGUCAGAGCAAACCUGCUGGUGCAGGAGGCCGGCUUCAUUGCAGAGGAGCUCGAUAAGAGGACUGAGUACCGUGUCACGCUGCAGAUCCCUGCUGCCAACCUCAACGCUAAUAGAAAGCGAGACGCAGUGCUGAGUGAGCCAGCGGUGCAGGUGCGUAGGAAAGGCAAGGGAAAGCAGAUCUGGGCCAUGGAGAAGAUGGAGAAUCGCCUAGUGGACAUGCGUGAGCUCUACCAAGAGUGGAAGGACUACGACGAGGACAACCCUGUUAUGCGCUCCUACUUCAAGCGGGCUGACCCAUUUUUUGACGAGCAGGAGAACCACUGCUUGAUUGGGGUGGCAAAUGUCUUCCUCUCCUGCCUCUUCUACGAUGUAAAACUGCAGUACGCCAUUCCUAUCAUCAACCAGAAGGGGGAGGUGGCAGGGCGGCUGCAUGUGGAGGUGCUGCGAGUGACCGGGGGGUUUGAGGACAGUGUGGCCGGAGGAGAGGAUCCUGAGGGGGAGAUGCUGGAACGCAAGCUGGUCUGCAUGGUUAAGAUCCUCCAGGCCACAGGGCUUCCCCGGUACCUCUCCAACUUUGUAUUCUGCCAGUACUCCUUCUGGGACCAGGAAGAGCCUAUCAUCGUGGCCCCAGAGGUGGACCCCUCUGCCUCCUCCCCAACCAGCAAAGACCCCCACUGUAUGGUGGUGUUUGACAGCUGCAAGGAGCUUGCUGUGACUGUGUCGGAGGACUUCAUCGAGUACCUGACAGAGGGUGCUGUGGCCAUCGAAGUGUAUGGACACAAACAGUCAGACCCACGCCGGAACCAGGCCUUGUGGGACCUGGGCAUCAUCCAGGCCAAAACCCGUACCUUACGGGAUAGGUGGAGCGAGGUAACUCGUAAGCUGGAGUUGUGGGUGCAGAUUCUGGAGCUUAAUGAGGUCGGGGAGUUCAUCCCUGUGGAAGUGGUACCAGCAAGAGAUGUCCGAACUGGGGGCAUCUUCCAGCUCCGACAGGGCCAGUCUAGGCGAUUGCAGGUGGAGGUGCGUUCUGUCCAGGACUCAGGCACCAUGCCCCUCAUUGUCAUGUCGGUGCUCUCAGUCUCCAUUGGCAACGUGGUGAUCCGGCAGGCAUGCCUGUCCAAAGCAAGCGAAUCCCAGAAGGGAGAUGAUGAUGAUGACAUGGACAGCUACCAGGAGCGAGAUCUGGAGCGACUUCGGCGGCAGUGGCUAAUGGCUCUGACCAAGAGACAGGAAUACCUGGACCAGCACCUGCACAAGCUGGUCAGCAAGCCAGACAAGUCUGAAGAUGACAUGGAGCGUGAGUCCCAGCUGCUGGAGUGCCGUCUGACCCUGACAGAGGAACGCAAUGCUGUCAUGGUGCCAUCUGCUGGUAGUGGAAUUCCUGGUGCCCCUGCAGAGUGGGUCACUGUUCCUGGAAUGGAGACUCACAUCCCAGUCCUCUUCUUGGACCUCAGUGCGGACGACUUUAACUCCAUGGACAACCUAGACUCCCCUGGGGCAGGUGGCUGGGAUGCCUCCCUGAGCGGGGAAGAUGAGGACGAAUUCUUUGACCUGCAGAUCGUCAAGCACCAUGAUGAAGAGGUGAAAGCAGAGGCAUCAUGGGACUCCACGGUGCAUGAGUGUCCCCAGCUGAGCCGGGGCACUGCACCAGAGCAGAGAGUGUUCCUGACGGUGCGAACCACCGUGCAGCUCAGCCACCCCGCUGAAAUGCAGCUGGUCCUGCGCAAGCGCAUCUGCGUCAACCUCACCGGCCGACAGGGGUUUGCUCAGAGCUUUCUGAAGAGGAUUUCCCAGAGGAGCACUAUCCCUGGCUGUGGAGUUGCCUUUGAGAUUGUCUCCAACAUUCCUGGGGACGCCCAGGGCUUUGAGGACAGGGAGAUGCUGGCCAGGCUAGCUGCCAACACGGACAACCCCCAGUCAGAAGACAGCGAGGCGGCCAUCGAGAAGUACCUUCGCAGCGUACUGGCUGUGGAAAACAUCCUCACACUGGACCGACUGCGGCAGGAAGUGGCGGUGAAGGAACACUUGGCAAGCAAAGGAAAGGGGCACAGGCGCAGUCUCAGCUCCCCAAACAUACAGAGGCUGUCUGGGAGCAGACAGGAUCUCUCUUCAAAUUACAUGCUCGAAGACAACAAGGGUCGCUGGGAGAGCGACCAUGACAUAUCUACCUUGCCUCAAUCUUCCCUGUCCCAAAACCAGGAUGCAGAACCAGGUCUCUCAGCGCUGGCUGCUUCUUAUUUCUCCCCAGUGAAGGCCUUGGUCCCUCAGAUGCCCAAGUUGCUCAAGUCUCUCUUCCCUGUCCGGGAUGACAAGAAAGACCUGCGCCCAUCUCCCCUCACCCAGCAGGUCACACCACGUAUUAUGGUGCAACCUCCAAGCCUUGAAGAAGGCCCACUUAAACCAAAGCUGGUGGCUGCAGAAGGAGGGAUUGCCAGGGAAGAGCCGAGCCAUAGUGCAGAAAGACCAUCUGAGCAUCCUGAAGCUCUGCUCUCGUUCGCUCACGAGAUGCAAGACACGCCCCUCAGCCCUGAAAGCAAUGCAUCAAGUGGGUACUUUUCCACCAGCAUUUCCACAGCAACACUUUCUGAGGCUUUGGUACUGAGUGGGGACCCAACUCCCACUGUCAGUCAGGAUCCAGCAAAGGUCACCGUGCAAACCAGUCAAGGUGACUACGAGAGCAAGGACAUGACGGGGAGCUCCAGUUCCUCUGUAGAGACAUUAGAGAAGAUCAGGAUAUCUGAGCUGGCUGGCAGAGAGGAACAGUCGAAGAGGACUGGACCCCUAAAGCCCCAACAGGAAGCCGAAAGCAACGGCCAUGCCUCUGCCUCUCCCACUGAAAUAUGGCAAGUCCCUCCCCCUCCCCAUCACCCUGAAAAGCACCACGCCCCUCCUGAAACGCAUCACAGCCCUCCUGAAACGCAUCAUGCCCCUACCCCUGAAAUGCAUCACAGCCCUCCUGAAACGCAUCAUGCCCCUACCCCUGAAAUGCAUCACAGCCCUCCUGAAACACAUCACACCCCUCCUGCUGAAACGCAUCAUGCCUCUACCCCUGAAAUAUAUUAUUCCCCUUCUGCUGAAAUGCAUCAUGCCCCUUCACCUCUCCCUGAAAUGCAUGGUAUGCCUCCUCCAAAAGUCUCCUCCUCUCCCUCGGAAUCGCAGCAUGACAGCGCCACUCCAGUGUUGCCCCCCCAGCAAAAACCAUCAAAAUCUGCAGGGGUGAACCCCUUCAAAAUACAGAAGGUGAAGACCUCUGACCUGAAAUCCUUCACACGCAUCCUGAGUGAAGAUGUUGAGGAGGACGCAGUGAGGGCAGGAGAGGGGGAGGUCCUGGAGACGCUGGAGAUCACCUCAGAUUCGGAGGAGGGGCAGGAUGAGGCCCUCCCUGACUGGCUGAAGGAAGGAGAAUAUGUGACAGUUGGAACCAGCAAGAGUGGGAUGGUUCGCUACGUUGGACCCACCGAUUUUGCUGACGGCAUCUGGGUUGGCGUAGAGCUGGAGACCCCUGCUGGCAAGAACGACGGCUCAGUUGGUGGUCGGCAGUACUUCCGUUGUAACCCUGGUUAUGGUGUGAUGGUCCGACCCAACAGAAUCAGCCGUGGGGACGGAGCUAAGCGACGUGGGGAGAAUCGAAAUAGUGGCAAUUUCUCUCGGUCCAGCCCCAACCUGGCAGCCCUAACAGUGCUGGCCAAAGGUGAGCAGCGGGGUGGGGGCGGGACCCCCCGACGGGGGGAGAACCGCAAGUCCUGGAAUACCUGAGGGAUGGGGGAUCUAGCAGAGAGAUUGCUCCCCUCGAGGGUUCGAAAGAGUCCCACACUGACAAGUCGGCACAAAACAGGCCUACCUUUAUUUAUCUAUGGGGAUGAUGCUGUGUCUAGACUGCUGCUUUAUUACCAAGGAGCAGGGACUGACGGUUCUGUAGGCCGCUGCAAGUCCACGCAGUGGUCGGCUUCGUGGCAACUGCCACCUCUGUGCACUAUUCCUGCUGAACCAAAAUCAACCAUGUCACCUACGGCAUCUCUCAUCAACAUUGACAGAAAUGCACUAUGUUACAGAAUGCACCCGUUCCAAACCCCGUUCCUUACGUCCUACCAUUCAUUUUUAUACAGCCAUUAUUUGCUGGGGGGGGGGGGGGAUUUUUCUGUUGACCUUGUAUCUUCCUCCUUGUCUUCAUAUUGAAUUGAAAAAUAAAAAAUAUAUAUGUGUGUGUGUAUAUAUAUAUAUAUAUAUAUAUAUAUAUAUAUAUAUAUAUAUAUAUAUAUAUAUAUAUUCAUUCAUUCCACAAUGUGCCUUUAUGCAUCCAAUUCGUAUUCUGCCUUGGAGAGAAAAUGCCUUGUUUUAGAUUUUAAGUGAUCUCAGGGAAUGUUAAGAGCAUGAAUGUGCCUUUGAGGGAUGGCAAUUACUGAUCUGAGAAACUUUUGUUUUUGUCAUCGAAACUGAAGACAAGAUCAGACUUUGAAUCUUUUUUUCUACCUUUUAUUCUUCCAUGAAUUUUAUACUAGUCCACAGUGUGAAAUUUUAAACAAAUAAUGGGGAACAAAUUUCGCAAUGUACAAUUCUCCGGUUUCACUUGGGUGCAGGGUAUUGUUCCAAAUGUUGUGUAAAUUUGGGCUGAGAUGGAUAAAUGGGUCAAUUACAUAAUUGUUUUUGAUUCAAAUCCUUAUCUGUGCUCCAUUGAUCUUGCCUGGUGUAAUUGAGUCAACCAAGAGGACCAGAAGGUGGGGUUUGCACUUUUUGAGAGUAUUUCUUUCCAGAAAACCUGAAAAACUCGGUAAAGCACAGAAAAGUAUUUGAAUCCAAAACAAUUACAUAAUUGGCCCUGUUCUGGAGGCAUAUAAUUUCAUUGCUUUUGUAUGCAACAUGUAUGCAUGUAUAAAAUGUAUUGGGAUGUAAUGGUCCUGAAGUGUAUUGGGUCUAUAAUACUGUAUGAAUGCUGUAUGUGAUCUGAGCUGUUUUGGAGAAGAUGUCCUUGAGACUUGAUUACUUGUCAACAUUUUAUAAACCGUAACCUCUUCAUUUUGUUUAAUCAUUUAUCACUUAUGCCGAAUCACUAAGGCAUUGCUUAGGCAAUACAAGUGAAAAAACAAUUCUAACACUACCGGACUAAUUCAUAUUGUUCUAAUAAGCAUCGUUAUAAUGUUGAAGGCAAUUUGCAAUGUGGUUAGAGUGUGGAAGAGAAAACAUAGGAUUGCAGAGAAGCUUUCAAAUCUUCCAUUUUGAUUUUCACACCCUAGAAUCAUUUGGAAAUUGCUUGAUUCAUGUGGAACUGCAUUUACACAUCUCCUUUUAUGAAAAAAUGAGGAUGUGUUUUGUGAUUUCAUCUUUUUAUAGAAUGCGAUCCUGUAGUUAUUGUGCACACUGCACAGUAAUGAAUGCUAUAUACAGUGCAGUCCAUAAGUAUUUGAACAGUGGGACAAUUUCUGUUCUUUUGGUUCUGUACUCCUGCACAGUGGAUUUGAAAUGAAGCGAUGAAUAAUGAGGUUAAAAUGCUACCCUUUUAUUUGAGGGUAUUUACACCCAUAUCGGGUAAUUUAUGUAGGAAUUACAUCCCUUUUUAUACAUAUUCCCUCCAUUGUAGAGACCAAAAGUAAUUGUUCAGUUGGCUCCUCAGCGGUUUCUAAUUAGUUAGGUAUUAGUUUGAUUAGUCAGUCGCUUCCAUGGUGCAUGUAUAAGCAACCGUUCAGUAUCUAGUUUUGAUUCUAGGCUUUUGAUUGCCUUUGGGGUCUUUUAUUGGCAUUUGUGAACAUGGGGACCACAGUUGUGCCAAUGAAAGUCAAGGAAGUCAUUAUGAGGCUGAGAAAUAAGAAAAAACUGAAACAUUAAGAAGAAGGGAAGCAUUGUUAUAUGUUUGGGAUCAUUGCCUUGCUGUGGGAUGAAGCUCUGUCCAAUUAGUUUGGAGGCAUUUGAGUGAACUCGAGCAGAUACGAUGCUUCUGUAAAUCUGUGGCAGCCAAACAUGCUGAAAUUUUAACACCCCCACCACAUUUCACAAAUGAGGCAGAUGCUUUGGUUCUUCGACAGUUCCUUUUAGCCUCUGCUCUUGCCAUCUCUGAUACAAGUCAGCCUUGGUCAAAUCUGUCCACAAGCCUAUUGUUUGGCCUAUUUGAACUCUGCCUGUUCUGUUAUGUACUCAAUCAAAAUCAAAAAGCAAUCAAAAGCCUAGAAUCAAGACACUGAAUAUAAAGCUCAUAUCUGCUCUAUGGAAGUGAUUGAAUACACCUGAGUAAUCCGAAACUGUUGAAGCCAUCAGUCCAAUUACUUUUGGUCUCCUAAAAUGGAAGGAUUAUGUAUAAAAAAAGGAUGUAAUCCCUUCACGGAUCACCCAAUCGGGAUGUAAAUACCCUCAGAUUGAAGGUGACUAUAUUUUUACCUCCUUAUUCAUUGCUUAAUUUCAAAUCCAAUGUGAAUGACUACAGAGCCAGAAGAACAGAAAAUGUACCACUGUCCAAAUAUUUACGGACUGCACUGUAUGUACACUAUGAUUUUAAUGCUUGUAUUUUAAUUUAUUUUGUAAAAUGGAUAUGGCAGACAUUUUAAUUGUACUGAGAAAAAGAUGUAAAAUUCACACAUGAUACUAUGGGGCUCCAAUAAACAUUAUAAAUCAA